UUCAAACCGCUGUUGAGAAUUUGCUUCAAAUUCUGAUAGGGAAGACGUGUAUGCUUUCUUCUACUAAUGAAUCAUGGAAGAGAUCAGUCACUCAGAAUAUUUGGCAGGGAUGAACUAAUUUACAACGACGACGAUGACAUGAUUGGUUCAGGUGGGUUUGGCGUUGUCUAUCGAUGUAAGAUACAAAGUUCGAGUGAAGUCGUGGCCCUCAAGGUUCUCACUACUCCGUACAAACUGAAAAAGAGUGAAGUGGCAGAUUUCGUGAAAGAAGCACGCAUAUUGCAAGGUCUUACCGACUGCCCUUACAUCAUUCGAUUUUUGGGAUUAUGCGAUCAGCCCGGCCAUUAUGCUAUUGUCAUGGAAUACAUAGAGAAUGGAAAUCUGGAGGUCAUGUUGCUGUCUGACGCAGACAAACAUCCCGUUAUCCAACAGUGGGAUUGUCGCAUUAAAAUUGCACUAGACAUCGCUAAGGGGAUGGACUAUUUGCACGGUUUACCGACACCGAUUAUUCAUCGAGAUCUAAAGACUGCAAAUAUAUUGGUCGAUCACAACUACUCCUGCAAAAUUAUCGACUUCGGGUUAGCAAAAGUGCGAGGAAUUUCAGAGAAAAUACCGAGUCGCCGUCCUUAUGCUGCUACGGUGGCAUUUAGUGCACCUGAAUUAUUUGAGGGAAAGGGAAAGAUUGAGAAAGAAAAAGAGAAGAAACUUGAUGUUUACUCAUAUGCAGUGAUUCUUUGUCAGCUGAAGGAAAUGAAACAAGUUUAUGAUGGUCUCAGUCCAUCUAUCAUUCGAGCUAAUGUGCUUUCUGGUGUCAGACCUUUAUUAAGUGAUGAUGAUUGCAUGGACGAAUACAGAGAUCUUAUUAUUCGUUGCUGGGACGGACAUCCGGAUGCCAGGCUACACUUUAGAGAAAUUGUGACAAUGUUUCUGGGAAUGAUCAGACGGCCGUCUUGUCCUCGGUGUUCGACUGCUGGUACUGACGGUGUCGAUGGACGUAUGACAACUGUAACAUCGGUACCGGAUGGAGACAAUGGGUCGUCUGUCAUUCUCGGUUCUGUAGAUGCUCAUUCGCAUCAGAUGUACGAUACAUCACAAAAUGAAGGCACACUAACACUUGUGUCUGAUUCUCAUUCAUCGCCGAGCAUUGUUCAGCAAGGGAAUGCAGACAUUCAGAUUUCAGCUUUGUCUCAGCAACGAGAUGUUAUUAGAGAUGGCUCUAGUGUUGAACUUCCUCAAAAGUUUGCUGCCCCUUCAUUGGGUGCAAGUGGUAUUGCUGAAUUUCGUGACCCUCUGAAUUCUACUUUACCAGUCGAAACAGCUGUGUCUACUGCAGGAUCUUCACCAUCAAUUUCCAGUAAGAGCAAAAGUGCUAGAGCAGACAUCACAUCGAAACCUACUGUUGAAGUAACACGAAAGUCUACAGAGCCAGUUCAAUUUCCAUCCAGGAAAUGGGCACAAUUGACUGAUUUGCCACAGAGACGACCAUUUCUUAACUGCAUUGCUUCUGUAGAGGGAAACGUGAUUGUUGGCAACCAAGUCGAGUUAUACAUUGGCGAUAUCGAAUCCAGUUGCAAUCUUUGGAGGGUCUGUAAAACCGUACCGGAAACCGGAGCCAAGAUUCACACAUUAUUUUCUGCCAAAUACUGCUUCACCACUUACUACCAUUACCAGAAUUCUUCACACGAGAAGAGCCAUGGUAUCGCUUGGUAUGAUAUUAUCAACAACUCAUGGCAACAUGUCUGUUACUUGCCACCUUAUUCUCAGCUGCAUCAGUAUAGUGCUGUUGCCGACCAAGACAACAUAUAUCUUGUCGGUGGUAAUGGAGACCUGAACAAGACAAAUUCAUUGGACACGGUGCUGAAGUAUGACCUUAGAAGUGGUCAACAAUCAGGUGGCGUGAAGCUGAACCUUCAGAGGAAGAGGAAAAACUGUAGUAGUGUCAUUAUUGACAAUGUGUUGUACGUUGCUGGAGGACAGGAUGGACAGGAAAAUCUUAAUUCUGUCGAAGCUAUAUCUCUGUCGGACUUCAGCCACCUUACAGUUGCACCGACACCUUGUUACAGCUGUUCAUGUACUGUAGCUUGUGAGAGCCUUGUAGUUGCUGGUGGGCGAGUUAGUUCACAUGAAAAGUCACGCAUUGGGAAUACUGCAUUGAUGUGGGACUCGUCGAACAGAACCUGGAUUCCAUUACCAGACAUGAAUGACGAUCGGUUAUGGCUUGGCAUGUGCGCUGCAGAUGGAGUCAUUUUGGCUGCUGGAGGAUACUGUGGUGGCACGUUCUCGGAUCUUAAAAGUGUCGAGGCAUUGAGAGUGCAACCAUGAUAGUCAUUGUUUAUCCACAUCUCAACACAGGCUCGUUACGAAUGAGCAGCAUAGUUGUAUCUUAUAGUCUCAUUUCAUUUCUGGCAAGUUGAUCUACGAGUUGCAAUUGAAUGGUUUAAAUUUUGUAGCGCUAUACUGCGACGUCACAUGUUGUUCAACCAAUAAAAAGAUGCAAUUUCUUGUA